AUCUGUCAUUCAUCAACUUCCGGUGUCACGGGGUACCAGGGAGACGGAGCAAAAAAGCGGGCAUACCGAAAUCUUUAUUGUAUUCGUCAGCCUUAAGCAUUUGGAAGCGAAUACAAUUGGCUUAUAAAGUCAAAUAACUGCGCCUUGUGGGCCAGUAACCCACCGGGAUUUGCAUUUGACUUGGAAAAGAGUCUCAUUCAUUCGAUUAUCGUACUCGCUAGCUGGCUAACGAGGCUCCACACCAGCAGGCCCGUUCUUCUGGACUUUGCUACAAGCUAGUUAGCCAACCUUAGCAGGCUAACCCAUGCGAACACGUUUUCUUUCUCAAUGAUUCUGCCUGUUACGUUGUAAUUAAAUACCACGCCGCGAAUGUGUGUACCGGUUAACAAUUUUUGGUAAUUAUUUUGUUUAGUAGGCAGCUAGUAAAGGCUAACUUACUUAAGUUGCAUCAGCGAGACGCUUGUUUUUAAAAGUGUUGUUCACUUUGUUGCUAGCUUAAGCUAGCCGCCGCCAACUGAACAACGCAGUCACUGAGAGCGGAGCAGCCUUCAGCUCACAGAGAUGUCGGACUUCGACGAAUUCGAAAGACAGCUCUCUGAAAACAAACAAGCUGAAAGGGACAAAGAGAACCGCCACCACCGCCGGUCCUCCUCCCGCAGCCGCAGCAGAGAGAGGAAAAGGAGGAGCAGAGACAGGGAUAGACGCAGCAGGGACCGCCGUGGGGACAGUAAGGAGCGCAGGCACAGACGCAGCUCACCAUCCAGCUACCCCCAGGACAAUGCUGGAAGCCGUUCUCCACACCGUGAGAAGAAGAAGAAGGUGAAGAAGUACUGGGAUGUCCCUCCACCUGGUUUUGAGCACAUCACUCCCAUGCAGUACAAAGCCAUGCAAGCUGCAGGCCAGAUCCCAGCCACGGCCCUCCUGCCGACCAUGACUCCAGAUGGACUGGCUGUUACUCCCACCCCUGUACCUGUAGUGGGCAGCCAGAUGACCCGGCAGGCUCGCCGGCUCUAUGUGGGCAAUAUCCCCUUUGGUAUCACAGAGGAGUCCAUGAUGGACUUCUUCAAUGCCCAGAUGCGUUUGGGUGGUCUUACUCAGGCCCCUGGAAACCCUGUCCUUGCAGUACAGAUCAACCAGGAUAAAAAUUUUGCCUUCCUUGAAUUCCGUUCAGUGGAUGAAACAACACAGGCCAUGGCCUUUGAUGGCAUCAUCUUUCAAGGCCAGAGCCUCAAGAUUCGCCGUCCCCAUGAUUACCAGCCCCUGCCGGGCAUGAGCGAGAACCCCAGUGUCUAUGUGCCUGGUACACAGACAAUUAAUGGUGUGGUGUCCACAGUGGUGCCUGACUCGGCUCACAAGCUCUUCAUUGGCGGCUUGCCCAACUACUUGAAUGAUGACCAGGUCAAGGAGCUAUUGACGUCAUUUGGCCCGCUGAAGGCCUUCAACCUGGUGAAGGACAGUGCCACAGGCCUAUCUAAAGGAUAUGCUUUCUGUGAAUAUGUUGAUGUCAACCUUAAUGACCAGGCUAUUGCUGGGCUGAACGGGAUGCAGCUGGGAGACAAGAAGCUCCUGGUGCAAAGAGCCAGUGUGGGAUCCAAGAAUGCCACUCUGACAAGUAUGAACCAGACCCCCGUGACGCUGCAGGUGCCAGGUCUGAACAGCUCAGUGACUCAGAUGGGAGGCCUGCCCACUGAGGUGCUGUGUCUGAUGAACAUGGUGGCCCCUGAGGAGCUGCUGGAUGAUGAGGAAUAUGAGGAGAUUGUGGAGGACGUCAGGGACGAGUGCAGCAAGUACGGCCAAGUCAAGAGCAUUGAGAUACCUCGACCCGUGGAUGGCCUGGAAGUGCCUGGGACUGGCAAGAUCUUUGUGGAGUUCACAUCAGUUUUUGACUCCCAGAAGGCCAUGCAGGGGCUGACAGGAAGGAAGUUUGCCAACAGAGUGGUGGUGACCAAAUACUGCGAUCCAGAUGCUUAUCACCGCCGGGACUUCUGGUAGAGGAGACAUGAAGAAGGGAGAUGAGGGGAGGGAGGGGGGAUGGGGGGGGAUGUGUACUGCCUAUUUCCAAAUCAGCCCCCUGUUUGAUUUGGUAGAAAUACAUUUCAGGUAGAUCUGAGAAUAUUAAGCAUUUGAAAAAUGGCUUUGGUGACAUCGAAUUUAUCAUUUUGAGAUCUACAUGAAAUGUGCAGCAGUUAAACCAGAUAUUUGGAAUUUGGACAGGAGAAGACUGGGGAGGGUUUAUAUUCAGUCCAUAAGAGAGGGGGCUAGGUUUGGGUGGUGAGGGUGUAGCUGGGUGGGUGGGGGCGUCAAAGAUUUUUGAGAAAUGUGUGUAAUAAUAGGUCCAGGGUGGGGUCAACAAUUUUUAUACUUUAUGAGACAGGGACGUCAUUGGGUGGGAGGGGGGUGCCACACUUUAAGGUUUGUAUUUAAAUGGAGGUAGCCUGUUUUAAGUACAUUAGGAAGGAGUUGCAGUAGGGAACUAACUGGACUAUUGUGAUUGGAUGGAAAAAAACAGGAGUGUUUAUUUGUGAAAGGGAGAUGUGGGGGAGAUGGAGAGGAAGAUGGGGGCAUUUUUGUUUGACCAUCUAAUGUAGAAAUACAGUAGCUGUAACAUCCACUUCAGUUUUGCCAUCAUCACUAGAGAGCUAAGGGGAGACUCUUCAAUAUUGGAUUUUUUUUUUUUUUUUUUUUUUUUUUUUUUCCUCUGUUUGAACAUUUCCUCAUGUUCCUUCAUUUUCAUUAGACUACUGCCCCCCUCUGGAUGAUGUUAGAGAAUCUGUUGUCUAAUUGGAUCUGAAUGUCAACUGUAAUUGUUCCGAUACUGUGUGUAGCUUCUCUGAUUUGAACUGUAACAUCGCCUAGUAUUCAGCUGCAGAAUAACAUGAACUGCAGAAAAGAACAUUUUCAGUGAGUUUUUUUUCUUCUUUUUUCUUUUUUCUAUUUUCUUAACUUUUUCACGCCCAUCUUUUGUGCACAGCUUUUUAACAGGUGAGAUUGUUUUGUCUCAGCAGUUCAGUCCUGAUUUAAUGCAAGAGGAAAUACACAAAGUAAGACUGGGAGAGACAAACAGAUUGGUCUAAUGGGGAUUUAUCUCUUCCUUACCAAAAAGCCUUAAUGUUAUUACACGUGAAUUCACUAAGGAAAGGAAUUCGGCUUGCCCCUCUAUCAGUGAUGUCUCUUUGUUCAUAAAUGUCACGAUCUCGUGCUUUAGCCUUGCAUUACCAGUUUUCAUUCUUCCUUGUUUCCCUGCAGAUUUGGGAUGUAAGAUGUAUUGGAUCCGUUUGGUUUGUUUUUUUUGUGCGACAUCUCACCUCUUUGACAAGACCAAAUAAACAUGUGACUAAUA